CACACACAUAAAACGGAAACACUGCAACGUGUGAGCAAGUGGAUCUCCUGGGAGCGUUUAAAUAACACGCAGCCACGGUCCGGGUUACGCACUCAAGAAGCUCCUGCCUUCAAGUUUGUUGUUGGGUUUGUUUUUUUUCUACGCUGAGCUUCAACCCGCAGCCAGGCAGACGUGAUGUUGGAUACGUUCGGGACGCACAGCACCACGGUGGCCGUGCCGAGUGCGGAGCUCCAGCUCAAAGUGUCGGACAGGAAGGUCAGCCCGGCGCCGGCGGUGAUGGGGAUGGACAGCGGGAAGAAACUCCUGGAGAUAACGGGACCUGCUCUGUCAAAAAGGAGAUUCCUGGUGGGAUUAGACCUGCUCUGCCUCCUUCUCGCAUCGAUUCCUUUCCUCGUAUGCGAGCUGAAGGUAGUGAAACCCUUCAAGAGGGGCUUCACAUGUGGAGACCCCAGCAUCACCUACCCUUAUCUGUCCAACGAAGUCAUUUCAGAUAAGCUUCUUAUCGCAGGUGGAAUCAUCAUCACAGGCUUUGCAAUUGCGCUCGGGGAGUGCCACCGGGCGCGCUUCCGCAGCGUCAGCUCCAAAUCAUUCGUGAGGAACCUGUACGUCUCCUGCCUGUACAAGGAGCUGGGCUCCUUCCUGUUCGGCUGCUGCGUCUGCCAGUCGCUCACCAACAUGGCCAAGCUCAGCAUCGGGCGGCUGCGGCCUCACUUCCUGCACGUGUGCGGCGUCACGUACGCGUCGCUCAACUGCACGCCGGGAACCUACGUGCCAAAAGUGAACUGUGCCAACCCUGACCACCGCUUAGUGGAAGAGGCCAGGAAGUCCUUCUUCUCUGGCCACGCUUCUUUUGCCUUGUACUCCAUGCUGUAUUUAGCUUUCUACCUGCAGGCGAGGCUGACGUGGCGCGGCGCUCGGCUGCUGAGGCCGCUGCUGCAGUUCUUCCUGGUUCUCCUGGCGGUCUACACGGGUCUGACCCGCAUCUCGGACUACAGGCACCACCCGUCGGACGUGCUGACAGGAUACGUGCAGGGGGCUCUCACUGCGUACUGGGUGGCUUUCUACAUCUCGCCGAUGUUCAAAGGCUGUACGUCGGACCCGUCCUCGGCCGAGAAGCCGGACGGCCCCCCGUCUCCUCAGCAGACUGUCUGCUGAAACCCCCACAAGCCAGAGGAGCGCCUGGCAAUUUCCUCUGAAAUCAAAAGACAUACCUCGGCGUUUUGACAGGGGGAGCAGACAAAGACUUUCGGAGACAAUUUCUGCAGCUCAUAAAAGAGAGAGAGAGAGAGAAAAGACAUUGAAGUGAUUGAGAGGAAGCAACAGAAGGAGACUGAAAACUGCAUCUGUUAUGUAAACAGACUGAGCCCGCGAUCUUUUGCCCUUGUGACUGGUAACCUGUGAGGUGAGACUGAAAACAGGAGCCACCAUAACUUUGCACCACUUGUACAUGUAUAAAUAUUUUUAAGGCACAAAGGAUAACGUCAAGGCACAUUUCAUUUCAGUGUUAGUGUCAUUACCACGUUGCAAUGAAUAGAACGUAAUAUAUUUUUUUAUAAACACAGAUUGUAUUAUUUAACAGUUUUUACAUAAUUUCAUACGCUGCUGAAUGUAAGUACUCAUUUUUUCUUCAUGCGUUUGGCCAGAUGUCGUAGGAUUUGUUGUGCCAUAAGAAAACGACUAAUAGACUUCCUAACAGAAUAUAACAUAUAGGAAAAAUACUGAAAUCAUCAGCAGAGGUCAUUUGUAAUGUACACGUGUCAGUGUUGCUAGAAGUAAAAUGUUUUAUAAAUAUUUUGUGUUUUGA